UUCACUUGGCACCACCCUCCGAGGUCGCGGGUGCAGGCGCCAGCAGUGUGAUGUCUGUCCUGACUGAGAAAGCCAUUGUGAAGAAAGAGGAGCUGUGGGACAUGGUGGGCACCGACCAGUGGAAAAUCAACAACAGCCUGGACGAGAAGUACGAGCCCCGCCCAGUCCACGUCAUUUUGAGAGAGGCCCGUGCGCUGGUGGGCAAGGAGCUGCCGUACUGCAUCUUCAGGGGGAACUGUGAGCACUUCGCAAACGAGCUCCGCUACGGAAAAGCAGAGUCCCGGCAGGUGCGUAAGGCCGGAGAAGUAGCCAUGGUCGCGGGUUUGGCUACAGUGGUGGGUCUGGGUUUUGUAGCUCUGGCAGGAGCUCUGUUUGGAGGCAGCAAAAAAGAAAACAAGAACACACAGUGAUGGAAGUCCCGGGUCACCUGUGCAGGGGCUUGAUUAACAGAUCACCAGCAAUGCCUAAGGGUAGUUAACAUGAUCGCUCAUAGAAAACACUUAAUAUACAUGCAAGCUUCUGUGAUUUAGAGAGAAGUUUGGCUGAUUUUUAUCUUUUCUGCUCAAAGUAAUCACCAUAUCUCUCUCAUACCACCUUUUGGUUUCAAUAACAAUGCAAAUUGGCUGGUUUGGUAUCAUGGCCCUGACUUUUUAACAUUUCUACAGACAGCACAUAGAAGCACAAAAGAAAAUGUUCAUUAAUUAAGGUGUCAAGAUAAAAUCUGUUUAAAUGUUUUAAUAUGGAGUUUUUGAAGAUAACUAUAGAUUUUUAUUGGAUUGUGAGGGAUGUGAGAUUCACAAGGUUAGGGGAUCUUUUCUAUAUAAAACAAAGUUUGCUGGUAGCUGCAAAUGAAGAAAUAAUGUUUGCUACUUGAAUCGAAUUUAAACGGCUCUGAAGUCUAAAUGGUGAUUCUUGUUAGCCAAUACAUUAAUAAGCUGUCCAACAAUAAGUUUACAUGAUUAAAAUAAGCAAAUAUGAUAUUCUGCUUAUAUCUCACAGAAAAGUAAUGUAAUGAAAUGUUAUAGUACCUUAUGAACUGUAGGUCGUUGGCGGAAAGGAGACGUGGACUGAAUUAAACACUCCUGCUUUCUUAUUUUAUCUCGGAGUUCUCAAUUUAACUGGAAUUUAAGGUUUUAUCUUAAAUUUAUUUGUAAAUGUUUUGAAUAAAGAAUUAUUUGUGUGAUUAUG